ACUGUGUUCUUAGAUGAAACGAAUAGCAAAGAAGACAUCCAUCGAUUUCAAACAGCAAGAAACAUGAAAACGGGCAUCUUCAGUUGUGUAAUAUUUAUUUCGGGCAUUAUCAUGGCUGCUCCAGAAAAGAUCGAUACAAACGGCCUUCUUAAGGUAUCGAUAUUUUUUUCUUCUUUGUGCCCUGGAAGCAGAAAAUUCAUAACUCAGCAGUUGUAUCCCAACUACGAAGGUUUAAAGCAUAGAAUUGUGAUAGAGUGGGUGCUUUAUCAAGAAGAUACGGGCUUUGAUGACGUCAAAUUUUACUGCAUGCAUGGCUCCAAAGAGUGCGAUUUCAAUAGAUAUAUAGUUUGUGCCUUGAAUCAAGGUAGAGGUCAAGAUAGAGAUGUCAAGUUCAUUAAUUGUAUAAUGCAUGAGUAUGACUUCAGAAAUAGCCAAUGGAUUACUUCAAGGGAUUGACGUAAAUGAUGACGAUAAUCAACAGAUUCGUGAUAACUUUCAAGAGCUUGCCGGAUAUGCAGCCUACAAAAUAUGCCAAUAGUCUAUAAAUUUCGUACAGAUUCAAUUUGCUAUUACUUUGUAGGCCAUCUGUUACGGAGUUUUUAUUGGGGGUGAUGUAUUAGAAACGAUUUAUUGGGAAAACUUGUUAUUCUGAAUGAUAAAAGAUAUCCUCUAAUGCUAAUUAGUUUAACAUAUUCUACAUUACUCCUUUUACAGAUCAGAUCCUAGCUUACCCUGUCUGAUAAAGAAAAUUAAUU